AUGGACUACGGCCUCCGGGUGAAGAUCCACCCCACGGCCUUCCUGAACCGCAACUGCGUCCUCCUGGAUGUACCCGUCGCAGACCUCACUAUAGGCGCACACGUCAAGAUCGCUCCUAACGUGACGAUUGCCUGCGUCGGACACCCUAUCAACCCCGAUGAGCGGCGCAGUCCCGAUCCUAGCGUCGGCCGGGCUGUGACCAUCGAGGACGACGUCUGGAUUGCCGCGGGCGCGACCAUCAUGCCGGGCGUCACGGUUGGGAAGGGCGCUUUCGUGGGGGCGAUGGCGAUGGUGAAUCGGAAUGUCGAGCCGUAUACCGCGGUGGGCGGCAACCCGGCGAAGCCGUUCCUUACUGGUCUUAAUGAGGAUAGGUUCAGGGUGCUUGAGCCCUCGACUUACGUUACGACCUUGGAGGACGCCCUUGCCCAUGCGUAG